AUCACAGGUGCAGAGUUUGAGUUCCCAAGCAAGAGUAAUAACAUAUCAUUCACAAGUUUAGUCCACAUCAAAUUACUUGUACAUCAAUUCGUACUUUAAUUUUCCUUUAACCUAAUUUGCAAUGGAUUACAGUGAAUUUCUGGCUCUUAACCAAACUCUCAACCAGCCAGUAUCAAGUUUUCCGCUGGAAAGCAAUUUAAAUGACUUGCAAGAACGAACAACAACCAACCCUACUCAAAAAACAAUGUUUAAUGUAUUUAAAACGCUUUACCCGAGUGAAGAAACUAUCUUAGGUUAUCUUGGGAAUGACCAGUCAACUUGCAAUAACUUGUCGAAUCCAUCGAACCCCUCAAUGGAUCAGUACCAUCUAACCCAGUCAAAUUACAACAAUCAACCAUUAUGGUCUAACGACAGCUUCUCUCAAUUUUCUCUGCAAACCAAUCUUCUCUCAUCUAACCUGGAUUCCAGGGAAACAAGUCAUACCUUGCCUGGUGUUAACAGUUUUUAUCCACCUGCAACAUCGUCCAGCUACUCGAUAUCACAUUCAUCGCCUAAUUUCGCCUUCAUGAAUGCACAAUAUUCGCAAGCGUAUCAACUAUCUCAACGCAGAAAUUAUCAAGUCAAUCAAAGAAUCGUCUUCCUUGACAGCCUUGGGUAUAAACCAUUUUUACAAUUGAACACAAACAACAGUGAAACUGACGAGCCUUGGAAUACAAAUGUGUCCAAGAAACUGCUCUCUAUCCUCUAUUCAUCGUUAAACUUAAAGACGGAAUAUUUAUCAAACCAAAUUGCACUCGAUCAAUUUGAAUCUCUUUCUUUAUCUGAAGGUUUAGCAGCUUUUCAAGGGAAACGAAAACUAAAAAUGAUGACAUUUCUUCCAGAAAGAGGCCGUUUGACUCCGUUUCCAAAUUUACUUGCUUUAAAUUGCCUUCAACUCAAAAGUUUUCGUAAACUUCAAAAUAUUGACAAGAUUACUCUUCUUUCAAAUGCAUAUUUUGACCUUCUUUUAAUUAAAGGUGUAUUUAAUUACAUUCAUACUGUUGAUGGUUGGAAGUGUGAAGAAUCGGGAAUGUAUUAUCAAAGACUGGACAUUUUUUACUUGCAUCGAGCUUUGCACCAAGCAAUGAGCCACAUCAUUGAAACCUUGCCAGAUCGCUGGAGGCAAGAUCUAACCGUAAUUAUUCUCACUUAUUUAAUCACCAUUUUUAAUCCAGACUUGCGAGAGUUGAAAUUUGCCAGCUCAGUCAGGUAUCAACAAUACAGUUACAUUUAUUUGCUUAAACGUUAUUUGAGGACAGUUUGUGCAUCGGACUGUGAUGCUGCAGACCAUCUUUACAGGUUAAUGGUUAAAAUUGAAGAGACUCGAAAAUGCAGGAAAUGCGUAAUGGAAUUACUUUCAGCACUUGACAAGAAUUUCAAUACACUCUUACAGAAUCGAAUAUCGAAUCUAACCAAUUUUGGUUCAUGCUGAGUGAAACUAAAGUUAGUUUUAACUUGAGAUUGCCUUUAAAGCCCAGUUGGAAGCCGAUACAUGUUCAUGGUUGUCGUUGACUGUGAUAUACCAAAUGAUGAAUCUCAUCGCAAACUGGAUUUAACUAACUCCAUUACCGCCACAAAAUUACCAACUUUUCAGCUCUCUUCUGCACAAACACGCACUUUGAUCACAAUGUGUGUGAAACAGAAACUUUUAAUUUUCUUCUAAUAAAAACAAUGUUACAA